AUGAACCAAACACAACCAUACAUGGACGUGCAUUCCUCGCAUCUAUCCUCUGCGCAGCCCUACGCCUCGCAGGGUGCCACUGCGGGGAGCUUGACCCACUAUCAACCGUACCAGCAACCGCCUGUUCUGCAUCCCGGUUCCACGACGUAUGCCCCCACCGGCUCGUACUCUCACUAUGGAUAUGCCAACGGGGUUACAUCCCCUCAAGCGGCGAGCCAGCCUUCGACCACUUCGAUGACGAGCCAGGUGCCCGCCCAGUUGCUGCCCUUGCCUGCUAUGAGCAACCAUAGCGUGUCGCCCCAUGCAUAUGUGACGAACUCGAACACAGCGAGCCAGCCAUACGCCUUUGACACUACUGGCCAGAUUGCACCUCCGGGAGCGAAGCCGCGAGUCACGGCCACUCUCUGGGAGGAUGAAGGGAGUCUUUGCUAUCAAGUGGAAGCCAAGGGUGUCUGUGUUGCUCGACGAGAAGAUAACCAUAUGAUCAACGGUACCAAGCUCCUGAAUGUGGCCGGAAUGACCAGAGGCCGUCGAGAUGGUAUCCUCAAGAGCGAGAAGAUCCGCCAUGUGGUCAAGAUUGGCCCAAUGCAUCUAAAGGGCGUUUGGAUUCCCUUUGAGCGCGCCCUUGACUUUGCCAACAAGGAGAAGAUCACUGAUCUUCUCUACCCGCUAUUUGUGCACAACAUUGGAGGUCUAUUGUACCAUCCAACUAACCAGACCCGGACCAACAUGGUCGUGCACGAGUCCCAGCAGAGACGGUUGGAAGGAACGCAGCCUCCUGGAACAUCUCAAGCUUCGCAGCAGCCCCCGACAUUGCACCACCACCACUCGAUGCAGACUCCAGUGCCGUCCCAGAUGGCUCAACCAUCCAACGCCCUGGUUCACCCCAGCAGCCGGCCUGGCCUCGACCGGGCGCACACAUUCCCGACACCGCCCACCAGCGCAUCGAGUAUGAUGGGCAUGCCUAGCCAUGGCAAUUCGUACGAAUGGGGUAGCCAGAACGUCCAAGGUUCGCAACCACUGUCCAUCGAUACUGGCUUGAGCAAUGCACGAUCCAUGCCCACGACGCCAGCCACCACUCCGCCAGGGAACAAUAUGCAGAGUAUGCAGUCGUACCAGAGUCAAUCAGGAUACGAUAACUCCAAGCCAUAUUACUCUGCUGCCCCUCAGUCUCAGGCUCAGUAUGCUCCUCAGCAGUCAUCGAUGCCAAGCUAUGGGCAGACACUCCCUCCGGCCUCUUACAUUAAGAACGAGAUGGCUCCGCCGCCCGGGAGAGGUGUAGGAGGUCAAUCUGAGACUGACCAGGGUGAUGUGAAACCAGAUCGUUAUGUUCAGGGAAACGGACAUGUGGGUCAUGGAGCGGGUGAGGCAGAGACGGUCCAGGAACAUGGCACUGAAUAUCUCCAGGACGGCUCUGCGGCCUAUAAUACCAACCGUGGCUCGUACACGUACACCGGCAACCCUUCUGUGGCGGCUCUGACGGCGGAUCAUUCCCACAUUUCCCCGGAUAUGACCGCGUCGCCAUCGCACCAGAAUGGCGCCGACCGACUCACCCCUCGCACUGGUGGAUCUCAAUCGCAGUGGGCACCCGGAUAUAACACUCCCCCACGCGCCCCGGCUAAUAGCCUCUACAACAUUGUCAGCGAUACUCGUGGGACUGCACCGAACGGGGAUGCAUAUUCGACAACGAACUCUGCCCCAAGCUAUUCGGCCCUUAACGGUUCCCUGUCCUCCAACAAGCGUCUGCGAGAUGACGAUGACGAUCGCUUGAUCCGUCCCGACAGUCGAGGACCAGAGUACGAGCAGAAGCGCCGCAAGACAAUCACAGAGACCACGAUCGGUGGCCCUGUCGGUGGUGGGCCGCUUGGUCUGCAACCCAUGACAGCGGCGAGUGUGAUUGGCCGCCGUCGAUGA